UCGGGCUUCAGCCAGUGAUCACUCGAGGAACGGAGGCCACGGCCCUGUUCGCGUUCGGUUCCACCCUCCCCACGUACCGCGCGCCGCCUCUCUGCGGCCGCCCGCUGAGCGCCGCCGCCGACCUGAGCCCCCUCCCGCCUCCCUCCUCACCUCUCUAUGUGUCCGCGGCUGGCCGGCGCGAUGCGGCUGGGCCCGAGGCCCGCCACGCUGGGCCUGCUCCUGCUGUGCGCCGCGGCAGCCGGCGCCGGGGAGGCCGAGGAGUUGCACUACCCACGGGGAGAACACCGCGCCGACUACGACCGCGAGGCGCUGCUGGGCAGCCAGGAAGAAGUCGAUGAAUAUGUUAAACUCACCCCCGAAGAGCAACACAAAAGACUGAAGUCAAUCAUAAAGAAAAUUGACUUGGACUCAGAUGGCUUUCUCACCGAAAGUGAACUCAGUUCAUGGAUUCAAAUGUCUUUUAAACAUUAUGCUAUGCAAGAAGCGAAACAACAGUUUGUUGAAUAUGAUAAAAACAGUGAUGGUAGUGUGUCGUGGGAUGAAUACAAUAUUCAGAUGUAUGAUCGCGUAAUCGACUUUGAUGAGAACACUGCUCUGGAUGAUACAGAAGAGGAGUCUUUUAGGCAGCUUCAUUUAAAAGACAAGAAGAGAUUUGAAAAAGCUAACCAGGAUUCAGGUCCUGGUUUGAAUCUUGAAGAAUUUAUUGCUUUUGAGCAUCCUGAAGAAGUUGAUUACAUGACGGAAUUUGUCAUUCAAGAGGCUUUAGAAGAACAUGACAAAAAUGGUGAUGGAUUUGUUAGUUUGGAAGAAUUUCUUGGUGACUACAGGCGGGACCCAACAGCAAAUGAAGAUCCAGAGUGGAUACUCGUUGAGAAAGAUAGAUUCCUGAAUGAUUAUGACAAAGAUGCUGAUGGCAGGCUUGAUCCCCAAGAGCUGUUGUCUUGGGUAGUACCCAACAAUCAAGGCAUUGCACAAGAAGAGGCUCUUCAUCUAAUUGAUGAAGUGGAUUUGAAUAGUGACAGAAAGCUGUCUGAAGCAGAGAUUCUGGAGAACCAGGACUUGUUUCUUACCAGCGAAGCCACAGAUUAUGGCAGACAGCUUCAGGAUGAAUAUUUCUAUCACGAUGAGCUUUAAUCCCUGGGUAUAUCUGAGUAGAGUACUGGCUCCUUUUAUAGUUUGUUACCAGCUUUACUUUUGUGAUAAAAUGUUGAUGUUAUAUUUUACAUUCUUACAUCUUACCACAGUCAAGAUUAAUGUACAUUAAAAUUUUGGCCUUUUAGAAGAAACGUAAAACAAAAACCUGAUAUUUAUUUCAAAACAUAUUGAAGAAAUGAAACAAUAUUGUGCCAUAUGACAACAUAGUCUUUCCUAAAUAUUCCAUUUGUUUAGUACUGUAUUAUGGAAUAUUUGAGUUCUGUUUCCAUACUUGAAAAAAUGGAGGAUUCUAGAGAUGGCUGAACAAUAUUAUUUAAGUAGUAUAUGACUGAGCUAUCAAUUUUUGUUUUAAGUAGAUUUAAUUUGGGAACUGACAGAAGGACAUUGUGUUUAGUUUUAGCAUUUUUGUUUUAAAACCUUUAAAGGAACCUUAGAAGGACUUAUGCCUCACAUGUUAAUGUUGAGAAGUUCUGCUUAAUUUUAAAAUGGUUUCUAUAAAAGGUUUUAUUGUAUGAAAUAGAACUUUAUAUUUUUGCAUAUGUAUAGAUAGUAAUUAUAUUUAAUGUGUAACUAUAGCAUUAUGGUGAGUGGAAUUUGACAUUGUCCAGAACUCUUUUCUUUUUUUUGACUGAUUAAAAAUGAAAUGUCCUAUCUUUUUAUAUGUGUGUUUGUUUUUCUUUAAUCUUUCACGUAAACCUUGAAUUUAGCAAAAGUUUUGUUGUAUUAUACAUUACUUCACCUCAUCCAUUCCUGUAUUUUAUUUGGGGAGUGAAUGUUCUCAAAACUCUGUUAAAUUAUAUUCUUGCUGCAUAUUCUUAUUUUGCCUUUUUUUUUCCUAGAUAAAAGAAUCAUAUUAUAAUUGAAUGUGCACCUGACACAUUUCAGUUGCUAUUGUGGCAAAUGUGGUCUUGCUAUUUGGGGCUAGAAAUAAUCAUAAGAACUACACAGGUUGAAAUCACCAGUAGAGCUGGUUAGUUAUCAGCAGUAGAGCUCAAGAUCAGUCAUAAUGAAAUUAAAAUCAUACUUGAUAAGCAUUUGUCCACACCUAAAUGGUCCGUUUUAACCUUAUUCAGGAAGUCAACUUAUUACCUUUGUGGGGAGUAAGAAAAGUGAGAAAUUCAUUUUUUCAUAGCUUUGACUCACAGAUAGUUUUUCUUUCUGUUUUCUUAAAUUACUUGUAUUUGUGGGUGAUGAGGUCAGCUAUGCAUUCUAUUAAUCUUUUCCCAAUCUAAAGUUGUCUCCUUUAUAGCACACACAGCACUGGAGGGCUCAGCCAGUCUUUAUGAGUCACUAGAGAAAAUCUGAAGCCCUUUUCUAAUAGAAUUAACUGCAUCAGCUUACCUUUCUACUGCUCCCACCUCUGCUGAUGUGAGUCGCGAAUGCAAAUUGUAACCUCUCACACUUUAGUGAUAGCUUGCUUACCCUGGUAUCUAAAGUACAUGGUUUUCAUUUUAACGUACACAAUACCUGUCUGGCCUUUUAAGAAUUAAAGAUAUACCAUUAUCACU